AUGCCUCGCAAGUAUAUCGUUUUACCAGCAGCAUUAACAAUACUUCUCCUUUUACUUACAGGGAUGUUCAUCGACAUAGGUAAAGAGAAGAGCUUUCUGUUCGACUUCCCCAUCAUUUCCCUUGAUACUACCAAGUUGAAAGAUGAUAUCUUUCAGAGCAAUAACUACACUCUACCAAUCACCGAUGUAUUGAAUCUAUAUUUUCGAACUCACUGUGAAGGAAAUUAUGUUUCCACACAUAAUAUAAGCCCGAGGUUGAAGAAUGUAUCCUGCUCCGAGCCUUCAUCUGAUGUCAAAUUUCUUCCCGCCAACAUUAUCCAUCUCCAACUCAUCAAACCCAACUCUUCAGUCCAAAUACAACUUCCAGACGACAACUUUGGGCAUCAACUUGGCGAAAUCCAGAAUACAUUCAAAAAAUCAUACCAUGCAGAACUUCAUGCGGCACUCACCAUAUAUGCUACUGCGAUCUGUCUAGAAGGCAUUGUGUUGAUCAUGGCUUUUAUAUCAUUUCUGGAAUUUGAUGUUGCUUGGAUUUUCGGAGGUUUCUCUCUUUUAACUACAUCCUUCAUCUUAAUUGGAAACAGUAUGACUACGGCACUUCAAUACCAAGCGGUUACAACUAUCAAUAAAUAUGGUGAAGAAGUCGGAAUUUUGGGGUAUCGUGGGACGGGGUUGCUGGUAUUAAUUUGGUUUACCUUUGGAGUAGCUUCUGUUGCCUCGGCUGCUUGGGGAUGGGGCGCGUGGAUGAUCAGAAGGCCCGAUGAUAGUAGUGAGACUUCGGAUGAUGCAGGUGUUUACAUGAAUUGCAGCAGAGAUCCAGCGGAAGUUGGAAUUGGUGAGCCAAUGAUGCUGGCUAUGAGAGGAGGGAAAGCGGUAAAUGUAUACGAGGAAGGAAUACGCAUGGAACACGGGAUUGAUUUUGUUAGAGAAAGCCAGAUUGGGCUUGCUCUAUAA